AUGGUACAGGAGAGCCCUCUGCUCUCCUUUCACGGGUACGCCUCAGAGUGGGCAAAUCGCUUUACAAAGUUGGCAACACAUAUUAUAAAUGUCUUUUUUGAUUCGAUUCUUUGCCGUGUCGAUUCGGCGAAGACUACCAGUAUGAAGUACAAUAGGCUGGUAACUUCCUCCAGGAGGAAAAACAGGAAGAGGCACUUCAGCGCUCCUUCCCACAUCCGAAGAGUUCUUAUGUCCUCACCUCUGUCUAAGGAACUCAGGCAAAAGUUUAAUGUCAAAUCAAUGCCUAUUCGCAAAGACGACGAAGUACAGGUUGUACGUGGUCACUACAAAGGACAGCAAGUUGGAAAAGUAGUCCAGGUAUACAGAAAGAAGUUUGUUGUCUACAUUGAAAGGAUUCAGCGGGAAAAAGCCAAUGGUGCGAGUGUAUAUGUUGGCAUUCACCCUUCAAAGUGCGUGAUUGUGAAACUAAAAAUGAACAAGGAUCGUAAGUCGAUCUUAGACCGUAGAGCUAAGGGCAGAUUGGCAGCACUUGGCAAAGACAAGGGCAAAUACACCGAGGAAACUGCAACAGCAGUUGAGACCUCAUAA